AUGGAUGUUUUUUUGUCAUAUUUCAUAGUUCAACAAAGGCACAUGAACGCCGAGAAUCCAUAUACAUCCCUCAGCAACACAGAAUUUAACCAGUUAGCUGAAGUAAGCGAAGAGGAAGCUCAGGAUAUUCUAUCUCGUUUCUUCCUUAACCAGCGCGAAGGAUUUUUCAACAGUAUUCUUGUUCUUGCUCAAACAAUUAAGGAUGCUUACUAUUAUCAUCUCUCAGUAAACAGGAAGUUCACACUUGCUCAGCCAAAAUCACUUGUUACCUUAUUCGCCGCAAAUUUGUUCCAAUAUUGCGACGCAUUAGCUCCAUACAUUGAUAUGCUUCCUGAUAUGUUCUUAGCUCUCAGAAAGGCUCAUCAAGAUCUUCUUACUUGCGGCACAAUUUGCCUUAAUAGCGAUCUUACAAAGGUUAUGGUUAUUGCUCAUACAAUCACACCACAUCAGUUUGCUUUUCCAAAAGGAAAGAUUGAUGAAGGUGAAACACCAGUAAUGGGCGCAAUUCGUGAAACAGAAGAAGAAACUAACUUUAAUGUCUCUCAAUACAUCCAUCAGAAUCAUUUCUUCUCAUAUAAGAGGAAAUCAAAUUCAGAAGGAAUUUUCUUCUUUGCCACAGAUGUUCCAGAAAUUGAACUUAAGCCAGCUCUUCCACAGGAAAUAUGCCGCAUUGGAUGGGUUGACAUUAAUACAAUGAAGAGUGAUGACGGAUACGAGUGGACACCGGAUGGUCCAACUGCUUUAAUCUUCAAGAAUCAGCUUCCUGCAUUUGUUGAAUCGCAGAAACUCCUUAACAACAGCCAAUAUAUAUAA